GCCGCGCUGACGUCAUCGCCCCGUCGCCGCGCGCCCGGCGCCGCCAUGUUGAAGGUAAUUCGGCUGGGGGCCACCCCUGUCAGCCUGAGCUUGCUCUCUGUCCAGGUUUAUGCUGCUUCUCCAGAGAAGGCUUCCAAAAAGGAGCUGCUGAAAAUUGAGGAGCUGUCACUGUACUCCUCCCCAGCUCGUGAGACUAAAUAUGUGGAGAAUCCCAAAACCAAAUUGGAAGAGGGGGUUUCCAGUUUGCGGCAUUUUAUGGAGCCAUAUACAUCCUGGUGUAAGGAUCUUUAUGCCAAAGCUACGCCCACGUUAGAAAAAGCUGUUGAGCAAGGUAGAGAGGGCUAUGAAUUUCUCCAAAAGCCCCCUGCUGGAUUUUAUCCAAGACUUGGUGUGAUAAGUUUUGCUGGAAUUGUUGGAUUGUUUCUUGCUAGAGGCUCAAAAAUAAAGAAGUUAGUGUAUCCUGCAACUUUCAUGGGCAUUGGCACCGCCAUGUAUUACCCUCAGCAAGCKGUUGAUAUUGCAAAGAUUGCUGGUGCACAGCUGUAUGACUGGAGUCUCCAAGGAUAUAUUGCUUUGGAAUCUCUUUGGAAGGAUAAUCCUAAGAAGAAGAAAUCAGGGGAAAAGARUGAUAAGGGUGAUGCAGUGGGUGACAAGCCCCUGGAAGUCCAUGCUGCUUCAAGUAAAGAACAAGCCAAGAAGUAGAAUGUUUSAUCACCUGGCAUCAAACAGGUGACUAAAAAUAUAGAUAUGAGCWACAAUUUCCCAAGAACAAGAUGAAAACCAUCUGAAUUCAUUUUGAAUGUAACUAAUCUGCCUUCUGCCUCGGGACAGUCUGAUGAUCUGCUGCUCAGGCUUCUGGUAUGGUUUCUGUGAAAGGACACUACAUGUUUUGGGUCAGGCUUGAGRCUUCAUCCUCUGUUCUGCAGAGGGAUUCAAGUCUGCCCAUGCUUGUCCCAUUGCAAGAUCAACAUUACAAGUAGCAAGUCUCAAAAUCCCUCAGUCUCUUUAUUAUUUAUAUAUAAAAUAAAAUUCCAGUUACACAAAAUGGUCUUUUUUUUUUCCACUCCUCUUGUCUUUAAACUUACGGAUGUGAUGUUUGCACAAUCUGAAAGGUUCUGGAGGUGGUGUUGACAGUGUUUUUUUUACAAGUGAGGAAAAGCUGAAMGUAGUAGGGUGUUUUGGCUAACAUGAGCUCAUAGAAUUAGGAAUGGGGACAAUUACAAUGACUCUUGUGUUUUGUCUGAGUCCCCCCCUCCUUUCUAUACAAGUGCUGUGCCUCAUCAGUGCCUGGGGAGGUGUGUAAUGAAGCAUCUGUGAGUUCCUGUCUGCUGGAUGGAUGGGAAUGGAGCUGUUAAUGCUUGUUCUUGUCUUUGCUUGAAUGGGCAGCACAAUGGGAACCAGAACAUGACYGUGGUGGGAACCAGCUAUAGAAUAACUUGGCUGUUUCCUUAUUCCCAGCCAGGGCAGGGGAGGAAAAAGUGAUGCGGAGGGAAAUACAAAAGGAUUUCCAGCAUUUUGAAAUGUUCACA